GUCAAACCCCCACGGCAGAGCUCAUGUGCCCGCAGGCCUCCAAGCAUAACGAGGAAAUGGGAGAAUAAAAACAGAUUCUGCAACCAGUCACACGCACGCACGCAAAGUUCCACACCCACGAGCACUCUAGUCCACACCUCAACAUGUCACAUACACCAACAUUUCCUGAUGCUUGGACUUACCCAUGCAGGGCCAAUUUGGUACUUUCCUGAUCCACUUAAGUGUGGAGUUGGCCAAACAUUUGUUGUCUAAAGUCCCUAAAAAAUCCAGACGGGUUGCACACACUUGCGCAUUGCCACCAUUUUCUGCAGAGUAAGACACAAAUGGAUGAUUAGUACACUCGUUUAUAACUUUAGAAAUGCUUCAAUGGCUACGAUCUCGGUGCUACUUUGACUAACCCCUUUUUUCUCUCCCUUCUGUUAAAUGGGUUUGUGUGGCUCUGUCAAACAAAUAAAAACAUCAUGUAGGUCAGAUGGGGCUUGAAAGUGCAGCAAAUCUAGAUCGGUAGAGCCGGUAAGGUAAAGUUCGAUUGGGGAUGUUCCGACCAUGAUCUCCUGACCGUGAUGGCAUCAGGGACAAAAUUACGCUACCUUCUUUUAAUCUAACAACGCCCCCUUGGGGUAGGAAAGAUCAUGCGCAGGAUGGAUUGCUGGUAGAGCUCCUAAACUUGAAAAUCUACCAGGUCGACCCCAAUUGUCAACUUUGGUGAGCCAAGAUUUUGAGGAUUUCUCAACGACGGCCAAGAUGUUCUCCGAGCUCUGAGACGGGAUGGACAUGUGAAGCCAAGUCAUCAAGCUGGUACAGUCUGUUUGUUAUUUAUCUUUUCCAGACUGCUGUUUCUGAACAAGAACAGAACCUCGGUCAUCAUGGGGUCUGAAGCCGAAUGGAAGACCAAACUCUUUGUGGGUUUUGGCAUUCUGCUUGCGAGUAAGCAGAUGUCGGGACCAACACGCAGCGACUGCUUUCAUUUUGUGUGAAGUGACGCGUUUUGAGGCCAAGCUUGCUCUCUCACUCUCUCGCCGUCAUUCUGUUGGGCGCAAAACAAAGCAAACCAGUUGGUCUGGCUUCAAACAGGAAGUCAGCAGUUGCAGUGCACAAAACAUCUAAACAGCGGCUGCAUUUGGGUCAGCAGCGCCGACUGCGUUUCUGCCGUUUAAUGUCUCGGCCCUGCCUCGCUGAAAUGCUACCGAGGAGACAGCCGAGGCUUGUUUUUGUGAGUAAGACGACAUUUUUUGACUCCGGCCGGAGGAUAAGCGCUCGAUGAAAUACAUUUGAAGGAACAUCCUCCAAUGAACUCUAAAUGCAACUCUUGCUUUUUUUUUCUUUUAACGACCGUCUUAAAGCAACUUGCAGAUUCGGGGUUUGCUAAAAAGGGCUCUGAGAGGGAUCUCCAAGAUUUUGUGGGAUGAUGUUUUUUUUGUUAAAAUUUUUAAAAAUUUUCAAAAAUAAUAUAUAUGCUCUUUUUUGUUUUUAAAUGAUCAUGCUAUUUAUUAUGGUGCACACCAACAUUUCAGAGGUUGAGAAAUACAUAUCUUUUAAUUUUUAUUAACUGUAGAUUCUUACAAAUCAUUUGAAAUGAAAAUUUAAUGUUGCUCAAUUUUCAGGAGUCGUACAACAUAAAAAAGCAUCAGAAUCGCUGUAAGAUUUGAAUUCAUUGGUAAAUGCUUUGCGCUAAUCAAAUAUUUCUCGAUAGUUACCAGUUGAGAGGCAUUCUGGGUUCCAUUUUAAACAGCUUCAGUCACUUGUCCCAUAAAUGUUUAAUUCUGGAGAGAAAGGAAAAAAGGUGACUUGAGAGAGCUUAUCAAAGACAAGAUUCAAGCAUGCAACGUGUCCUGAUGGCGGCGGGCAUCUCAGAAGACGUGGCGUCUCAGCGUCCCAGCAACCGACAGCACCGGCUGGUCAACAAAACUCUCCGGCGGUUGGAAAAGCUGCACGAGGCAUGCGCAGACCCCCGGCUAGGCCUGAAGAGCAGCUCGCCUUACCUGCUGGAGCUGCUCCCCGAGACGGCCUCUGCGCUGAGACGGGUCUGGGAGCCCUACCGAGGUCUCGGGGCGUUCACGGGCCCAGCCCCCGGGGAGGACGAGGCGGCGUUCCUCGGCCUCCAUGCCAGGACCCUGCUGGCUCAGACGGACAGAGCCUUGCUGCUGUUUAAAGAAGCCAAGGAGAAGAUGUUUGAUGAGACGUCCAGCUACAGGAAGGACCUGACCAAGCUGUCCCUGCUCUUCAGUCACAUGCUGUGGGAGCUCAAGGCCAUCUUCCCGGGGGACCGUUACCAUGGCAACACCUACAACCUGACCAAAAUGGAGGCGCGGGACUUUUGGAAGAUGACUUUUGGCACUAAAUGCCUGGUAAGAUGGAGCAUCUUUGCGGAGAAGCUGCGGUGCGUGCACCUGUUCCAGGAGGGGCUGGAAUCCGUGGCUCUCAAGGCCACCCUUGAUCUCACCUGCAACGAUCACGUCUCAGUCUUCGAAUUCGACAUCUUCACCAGGCUCUUCCAGCCAUGGGGGUCCCUCCUGAGGAACUGGAACCAGCUGGCCGUCACCCACCCGGGCUACAUGGCUUUCCUCACGUACGACCAGGCCUUGUCACGACUGGGACGCCACCCCCGCAAGCCGGGAAGCUACAUCUUCCGUCUGAGCUGCACCAGGAUGGGCCAGUGGGCCAUUGGUCACGUGACUAGUGAAGGCGACAUCGUGCAGAUCAUCCUUGAGAAUACGCCGCUUUACCUGGCGCUCCUUCAGGGCCAUAGCCAGGGCCGCUAUUUGUACCCUGACGGGCAAGACGCCAACCCAGACCUCAGCGCCUUGCACCGACCGGAUCACAAAGCAAAAGUCAAGGUCACACAGGAGCAGUACGAGCUUUACGGCAAAGUGGGCAGCUCCUUCCAGCUGUGUAAGAUCUGCACACAGGAGGAGAAGGACAUUCGUAUCGAGCCGUGCGGACACCUGGUGUGCAGACGCUGCCUCGACAGCUGGCUGAAAUCGGCGGGCCACACGUGUCCGUACUGCCGCUGUGACGUCGAAGACACAGAGCCCGUCGAGGUUGAGCCCUACCAGCCCAAACGCAAGCAGGAGAAGGAGAGUGACACAGACGACGACCACGAAGACAUUGAGCUGGUGGUGAAGCAAAUGGCCUCGCUGAGGAAGAAGGCUCCAGAGAGAAAGACCGCUCAGCAAUGAAUGACAGACGCUGGUGGGAUUGGACACCAUUCCCAUUUGGCCACAAGAUGGGAAAUGAGGAUUUACAAACACAAGUCCUUUGAAAUUGCCUGUGUGUGAUGUCAGAGCAGUAGGCAACAAGAAUAUAUUUUAUAAGAAAUAAAUCAUUUGAACUCAA